CGGCCGCCCCCAUGGAGUUCUCCUGCCAGGCGCUGAGAAGCACCCGCCAGGCGCGGGAGGCGGAAGAGAUGCGCACAGAAGCCCGUCGCAAAAACCUCCUCGUUCUGAUUUUACAUUAUUUAACAGAGGAAGGGUAUAUUGAUGCUGCAAAUGCUUUGGAACAAGAGACAAAAUUAGGUUUACGUGGCUUUGAAGUUUGUGACAACGUUGAUCUUGAGACAAUUUUGAUGGAAUAUGAAAGCUAUUACUUUGUAAAAUUCCAAAAAUAUCCUAAGAUUACCAAAAAGGUCCUAGACACUGCAGAAAAUAAACAGCAACUGAGAGCUGGAAGAAAGCCAAGAAGGGCGGCAAGUUCUUCCCAGAUUCUUCCAAGGAUCAAUCACCAGACAGUGCAGCRACCGUUGUCAAAAACCUCACCUGGGAAGACAAUGGAAUUGAAAUCGUCCACCAAGGAGAGCCCCAAACAGAAUAACGAGAGUGCAGUUCCUCCGGAGCAAUCUGACUUUGGCUUAAGCAUCUCAUCAGUCAACAAAGCUGGAGCAGGGGAGGGCACUCACCCAAAAAGGGGCCAAGUAAUUGACUUCCGUGGGAUGAUCCAAGAUGCCAUCAAAGUAUCAUCAAACGAGAUAGCCUUGAGCAGCCUUAACUGUGAUCCAGAUCCAUCAGAGCGAUUAUUAAAACCCCUUAGUGCAUUUAUUGGCAUGAGUGGCGAGAUGAGAGAACUUGCAACAGUUGUAAGCAAAGAUAUUUAUCUCCAUAAUCUAAACGUGAAGUGGGAUGAUAUUAUUGGCCUGGAUGCAGCCAAAAGACUAGUCAAGGAAGCUGUUGUUUAUCCCAUACGGUACCCACAACUCUUCACAGGCAUUCUCUCUCCUUGGAAAGGAUUAUUGCUGUAUGGGCCACCAGGUACCGGAAAAACCUUGCUUGCUAAGGCUGUGGCCACGGAAUGCAAUACAACCUUUUUCAACAUAUCAGCAUCCACGAUUGUCAGCAAGUGGAGAGGCGAUUCAGAAAAACUUGUCCGGGUGCUGUUCGAGCUYGCCCGCUACCACGCUCCCUCCACGAUUUUCUUGGAUGAGCUGGAGUCAGUYAUGAGUCAAAGAGGCGCCGGGGCUGGGGGUGAACACGAAGGAAGUCGGCGGAUGAAAACAGAAUUACUGGUGCAGAUGGAUGGCUUGGCCCGAUCUGAUGAUCUUGUAUUUGUUUUAGCAGCUUCCAAUCUGCCGUGGGAGCUGGACCCGGCCAUGCUGCGGCGCCUGGAGAAGCGCAUCCUGGUGGGCCUGCCGAGCGGGGAGGCGCGACAGGCCAUGAUCCGGCACUGGCUGCCGCCGCUGAGCGCCGGCCGCGCGGAGCUGCGCGCAGAGCUGGACUACGCGCUGCUGGGCCAGGAAACCGAGGGCUACUCGGGCUCCGACAUCAGACUGGUCUGCAAGGAAGCGGCCAUGAGGCCAGUGAGGAAAAUAUUCAGUGCUCUGGAAAAUCAUCAAGCAGAGAACAGCACCUUACCCACGAUCCGCUUGGACACGAUCACAACAGCGGAUUUCCUGGACGUGAUCGCCCACACCAAGCCCUCGGCCAAGAACCUGAGCCAGAAGUACACGGCCUGGCAGAGAGAGUUCGAGUCCGUUUGAAAAGAACAAACUGCCCAAACACCAAGAACUUUCCAGACUUUGGCCAUCCCAAGCGGCACCUCCGGAGGACGGAGUGGUGAGGGAGAGGGAAGUGCUGCUGUUUUAAGGAAGGAGAACCCCAUGGGAAGUGCACGGAGGAAAUCUGCUCUUGGAGUUGUAAUGGGGUAAUUUAGUUGUUACUUUUUACAGGGCCUUCUCACUCACCCUUCUAAAAUAUUCUUUGUAGAAGUAACCCAAUGGCAGAAUAAUGCUGCUAUAUAAUGAACAAUCCAGCAUUACUGUUAUGAUAAAGAUUUAUAAACUGACUUUUCCAGUCUUUAUUUGUUACAGCUGUUUUCAGGCUUGGGGAAGAAAGACUGGAGUAGGAAACUAGUUAUGAAGCUGGA